UCAACAGGGAGUCACUCCAAAUAGCACCUGCGGAAUUGCCCCCAAGCCUCCGAGGGGGACAGAGAAGGAGGACGGGGAAAGACGGACGGAAGGACGGACGGAAGGACGGACGGACAGACGGACACAGGGCUUUCCAGGUCUAGGCUUUGCACCCGCCUGUCUUUUCCUCUACGGCGAAGUGGUGACACCCUCGGAGGCCAAGGCAGCUGCCUCCCUUCCAGAGUCUGAGUCACAAUGAGCCAAGAUUAUCAAGACCUCACCUCCCUGGACGUGGAAGGGGAGGGCGGGAGACCGAUCCUAAAAGCGCCUACGAGAUUACCCCCAAAGCCAUCCUGGAAGCCACAUCUCUGCCCCAGCCGCCGGCUGGUCCUCGUCGGAUUGGGAUUCUGUGGCAUCUUCUCCAUCGUGCUCCUUGCCUUUGGUGUCAAAGGCAGUAACUACAGCUCACAACUCUGGGGACUGGAGGAGACUCUUAGAAACAUCAACGAAACCGUCGCAAGGCAGAUGGGCGUUCUCCAGGCAAAGGAGACAAAUGUAGAAGGCAAAAUCACAAAAAUAGAGGGGACAGUAAAGCAGUUGACAGAGGAAGGAGAAACAGUAAAAACCCGCCUGCAAAGUCAAGUGAACGACGUGCAAAGGAACCUCAGAUCCAUGAACUGCGACCUGCAGCGUUUCAAGUACAACCGGACAGCGGGCCAGGAGACCUGCUGUCCCAAGGACUGGUCUGCCUUUCGGAAAAGCUGCUACUGGGAGUCCCGGGUGGGCAAGACGUGGGAAGAAGCGAAAGAGGAUUGCAAAUCUCGAGACGCCCACCUGGUGAUCAUCAACUCCUACGAAGAGCAACUCUUUGUAGCUGUGCGUGUGAAGCCGGAGUUCACGUGGAUUGGCCUGACCGAUGCCAGCGGGUCCUGGAAGUGGGUGGACGGGACGUCCUACACCGUUCGCCAAGAGGAGUGGUGCAGAGAGCAGCCGGACGACUGGUAUGGACACGGCCUUGGAGGUGGAGAAGAUUGCGCCCACCUUCACCGGAACGGCUGCUGGAACGAUGACCACUGCUCCCGGCUGUACGGCUGGGUUUGCGAGAUGGAAACUGAGCUCUAAGGGGGAGUCCUUGGGUCCCUCUUGGGGUGGACGGGGUUCCUUUGUGGGGGUGGGGCAAGGGAUCCUAAAGAGGGCAGAAGUUACUUAGACUCCGCGUCUUUUGGACUACACCACCCAUCACCCCCAACCUUAGAAUGAUGGGUGCUGCAUCUCAAAGGGGAAAUUUUAUAUCUUCUAUUUCAAGCUGAAAUGGAGAAACCUAAGAAAGGGGUGAUGGCGAUGUUAUUAUCUUUUUUGGCCGGCCA